CAAAACUCUUAAAAAGUUUCCUCAAAAAGAAAAAAAAAAAGGCUUAAAAAUUCGGUUGCAGUUGAAAUGGAGGCAUAAUAUUAUUAAUAGUCCUUCGAACGCCCUUUUCGGCUUUUCGUGCGUAGAGGACAAAGUGGCGUAAGGUUUCCUUUAUUUCACAGGCCAGAAAUAUAGUGCUUAUCCAAAGUUGAUAGAGAAAAGAUCUCAAUUUUAAUGAGAUUAUGCAGCUCUAUCAUCAUCCAUACUCUUUGAACAGCCAAAGAGUGAGGCUUGCUUUGGAAGAGAAAGGAAUUGAUUACACAUCUUUCCAUGUCAAUCCCAUAACAGGCAAGAACAUGGACGCCACGUUUUUCAGGAUGAAUCCAAGUGCCAAACUCCCUGUUUUUCAAAAUGGAGGUCACAUCAUCUUCAACACCAUUGAGAUAAUCCAGUAUGUCGAGAGGAUUGCGGUUGUCUCUUCAGGUGGUGACAACAUCACCUGUAGUAGCAGAGAAGUGAUUGAAUGGAUGCAGAAGAUAAAAGAAUGGAACCCGAAGUUUCUCACCCUUGCCCACAUUCCAGACAAGUACCGAGACUAUGUUUCCAAGUUCAUAAGGCGCGUAAUCAUCGCUCGAAUGGCUGAGUUUCCUGAUCUUGCAUCUGCUUACCAUAACAAGCUAAAAGAGGCAUAUGAGACAGAAGAGAAGUUGAAGAACCCGGAUGUUUUGGAGCGGGAUAAGGAGCGUCUAACCAGGCUUCUCGAUGAGGUGGAAACGCAGCUCAAUGAAACAGCUUAUUUAGUAGGUGAAGAGUUCACCAUGGCUGAUGUGAUGCUCAUUCCAGUGCUUUCCCGCUUGGUGCUCUUGAAUUUGGAAGAGGAGUAUAUAAGCACCAGACCAAAUAUUUCCGAGUACUGGAUUUUGGUUCUGCAGAGGCCUAGUUACGAGAAGGUUAUUGGGAAGCAUUUCAAUGGAUGGAGGAAGUACAAAACGUUGAUCAAAACUUGGUGCUUUGUUCGUGUGAGAACUGUGCUGAGAAGAUUUUGAUAAAGCAUUCAUGUAUGGAUAUUUAUUGAUUGAAGUUUGAAUAAGGGAAAAAAAAGAGGUGUAAGCAUGGUGUAUAUGGGGGUUGAACACAAACAAAGGUAAAGAAAGAAUUUGAGUGUAAGCAUUGGUUUCUUUUUCUA